UGGGAGGGGUGGGGAAGUAUGGGGCUAUAAGAAGAGGGGCUGGGAGCUGAGAGCCCAUCACUGGGGAUCUGGUGUGAGCAUCUAUCAGUGAGUGACGGCACCUCCUGCUCCGGCACCAUGGAAACCCUGGUGCCGGGAUGGAUGCCCAGAGCUGGACUCCUGCUGCUGCCCCUUCUCCUCUGCUUCAGGCCAGAGACUGUCGAGAGCACCAAACCCGCGGCGCUCAGAGAGAUUGUGGAUCAUGUAGAUAAGGAUGGGUUGGCUGUUGAAUACGCCUUCGCCGUCAGCCUGGAGAAAGCCACUUGUGAGAACCCAUCUGGUCUGGAACAGGUGCUGCCCAGGAAAAAGCUGCGGGACCUGCAGGUGGCCAUUAACCAAGAGGGUGGCCUGCAAGACCCAGACAAAGGGAACAUUGUGGCUGCCCGAAUGAAGAACAGCCACGUGCAGAAGCUCCUGGUCCGGACCUAUAACGAGAGAAGCUGCCUGAUCUUCUUCACCAUCCACUCGCCCUGUGCAGGGACGUGCCAGCUGGGGAAGAGGCCCCACAACAUCCUACAGAUGGUGAGCGACACCUUCCGCCCCAUUGACCACAACUACAAGGCCUUCGUCUUCCGGCAGAUCUACCGGCAGGACCAGGACCUGGGUCCCAAAAGCCUGCUGGGGGCCUGGCACCGGCUGCCUGACCUGCCCCUGCUGCGCUGUGACACCAAGGGCUGCAGGGACUGCAGGGGGAACGACCCCAAAACCGACACCAAUGCCUGCCUGGACGAGAUGCGAGCCAUGAGGCAGCCGCUGCACCCACCUGGAAGGGGGCAGGAGAGAGAGCAGGGGGGAGAGGGGAGAGCAGAGGAUGUAGAGGAGAGCAGGGGGCACCUUCAGAGGGCUGGGGAGAUGGUGGGGCAGGGGGCACCAUUGGAGGGUUCGGUGGAUGGCAGGGCAGAGGGCGCUGCCGUAACAUUGGGGGGACGGCCGGACAUUGCACUCCGUCAGAAGAAUUGGAAACGGUGGUGCGGGGGGCAACAAUGGCAGCAAGGGAAAUGGUGUGAUGGGUGGCAGAAAGGGAAAUGGGGUAGCAGGCGCCGGUGGAGCGUUGGGGAGACGGUGAGGCAGGGGGCACCACUGGAGGGUUCAGUGGAUGGCAGGGCAGAGAGCGCUGCCGUAACAUUGGGGGGACGGCCGGACAUUGCGCUCCGUCAGAAGCAUGGGAAACGGUGGUGCGGGGGGCAACAAUGGCAGCAAGGGAAAUGGUGUGAUGGGUGGCAGAAAGGGAAAUGGGGUAGCAGGCGCCGUUGGAGCGUUGGGGAGACGGUGGGGCAGGGGGCACCAUUGGAGGGUUCGGUGGAUGGCAGGGCAGAGGGCGCUGCCGUAACAUUGGGGGGACGGCCGGACAUUGCACUCCGUCAGAAGCAUUGGAAACGGUGGUGUGGGGGGCAACAAUGGCAACAAGGGAAAUGGUGUGAUGGGUGGCAGAAAGGGAAAUGGGGUAGCAGGCGCCGUUGGAGCGUUGGGGAGACGGUGAGGCAGGGGGCACCACUGGAGGGUUCGGUGGAUGGCAGAGCAGAGGAUGCUGUUGUAACAUUGGGGGGACGGCCGGACAUUGCGCUCCAUCAAAAGCAUUGGAGAUGGGGAGGCUCGGGGCAACAAGGGCAGCAAGGGAAAUGGUGGGGUGGGGGGCAACAAGGGCAGCAUGGGAAAUGGUGGGGUGGGAGGCAGCGUUGGGGGCGUUGGGGACGGCAUGGCUGAGGGUGACGCUGGAGGGUUGGGGAGAUGGCGGGCCAUGGGGUGCCGUCGGGGGGAGGGGGGAUGGAGGGUUAGGAGGCUCCAUUGAAGGGGGGGUUACGGGGCCGGGGGCACUGUCAGGGGUUGGGGCUCCCGGCACCGUUAGAGUGUUCGGGGACAUGGGUGGUAUGCAGGGGAUUGGGGGAUGGGGUGGGACAUUUCUUCUCUCAAGGCCUGUAAUUUUGAGGAGUCCCCCCGACCCUGAACGAUUAACACCAAUAAAGUGUCAGAGCAUC